AGCAAUGCAGGCGAGCGACCAGUCAUCUCAGAGGGUAACAAUGGCAAGGUGCUUUGGGACAAUAUUGUUUCUCCUCUCUGUCCUUCUUUUCCUUCAGACAGAGCAGACAGUGUUUAUACCCGCUGACGAUGCAAACAAAGUUAUCAAGAGACACAGGCGGGCCAGUUUCCUACUUUUGGAGGAGGUCCUUCAGGGCAGCUUGGAAAGAGAGUGCCUCGAGGAAAGAUGCACGCAUGAAGAAGCGAGAGAAGUAUUUGAAAAUGAUGAAAUGCUUAAAAUGUUUUGGGAUGCCUAUUACGAUGGCAAGAAGUGCUCUUCAAACCCGUGCCUGCACAACGGCGUGUGUGAAGACAACAUUCGCAGUUACACGUGUACCUGUGCAGACGGUUACGAAGGAGAGAACUGUGCUUACGCUAAAAAUGAAUGCCAACACCAAGCAAAAGGAGGAUGUCACCAUUUCUGCUACCCAGGAACUACAUCAUACCGUUGCUCCUGUGCUGAUGGCUAUGAGCUUGGGAAGGACAAGAAGCAAUGCAUCGCAUUAGAUCAGUGUGCAUGUGGCACAAUUCAAGGCACUGAUAAUCUGAUGAGGAUAGGUGAAACCAGGAAGAAGCGUGACAAGAGAUUUCCUUGGCAGGUUCUGUUGCUAAACUCGGAAGGGAAGGGCUUCUGUGGAGGAGUGCUACUGAAAAGUAACUUUGUAUUGACAACAGCAGAGUGUGCUCUUCUGCACAGCAAUUUCAAGAUCAGGGUUGGUGCCGGGUAUAAUGGAACAAAUGGAACUGAGAAAAUAAUGCAAGUUAACAAGAAACACAUACACAUCCGGUACGAUGAAGACACUGGUGAGAAUGACAUUGCAUUACUACAACUCCAAGAAAACAUUGAGUGCAACAAACACCAGCGUCCUGUAUGCAUUCCUGAGCGAGAUUUUGCAGAACACAUUUUGAUUCCAAAACUGGCUGGUACAGUCAGUGGCUGGAAAAUGGAUGGUGAUGAACUUAGAGGUGAAGAGUUGCUGGUUUCAUACCUUCCUACUGAGGACUGCAAGCAAAUACUCAACAUAAGCCUCACAAACAGGCAGUUUUGUGGGCACCACCAGGAGCCCAUAGACAAGCAACUGGCUGGAGGAGGCUUCAUUGCCACCAAGUACAAGGGCACUUGGUUUUUGACAGGUAUCCUGGGAUCUUGGCCACUAGAAGACAGUGACUGGAAGACAUUUCUAUUCACCAACACUGCAAGGUAUAUGAUAUGGUUCAAACAAAAAAUGAAGUAAGACACAAACGCAACCAACCCUCCACCACCAAACUCCUACUGAUGGCUGCAAGGAACACUUGCAGGCAGCCUGUAGAUCAGUUUGACUCUGUCACAAUAUGCAGCAAUGGAAAUUGCAAUAAUACUGUAAAUAUUUAACUCCAACUCACACAAAAAAGGCCCGUGUUUGUCUAUCCUUUCUCUGUUGACACACAGUACUGUGAAAAUUAUGACGUGGUAAACCUAGUUAUUUUACUGCAAAAAAGACUACACUUUUACUUUCCUAUUACAGUUCAUCCUCAAACUCAAGAAGUUUUGACAGUUUUCUGGACUUUUCUAGAAGGAAAUGAGUCAUCUUAAUCCUUAUUAGCCUAAGGCCUGCUUCAUCAUAUACAUAUUCUUAUUUCAGCACCUGUACAAGUAAUACUUACUAAGCCCAGGGGAACUCCAAGCCUUUAAACAUGUAUGCUGAUGUGGAACUUGACCCUUAUAUCACACUGAAAAAUACUUCUCUCUCAUAUGUGGUGGCUCUAUGUUCCCUUAGAAAUUAUGUCCACUUCAGUUAGUUGGUAAAAUAGGAAGAAAUUAAGACAUAAAUAAAACCAGACCCCCACAGAGGGGAAAAAACAAGUUUUUAUUUUGUUAAAAACAAACAAACAAAAAAACCAUCAUCAUAGGCCAAGUUAUGUUGUACCAAAAAAAAAAAAAA